AUGGCAGCGGUCGAGGCUUGGUCGUACGGAAGCGAUUGUCUAGGGAACGAUUGUGGAUUGACUACGACCUUUCCUGGGACGAUUGGGUGGGAUGAGGGGGAUAUUCGCAUAAGGCUGGGAUUCAUCGCGAAAGCAUGGGAGGCAUCGCGAGAACAUAAAGAUGUGUGUCGUUCAGAAUUGGGCACAUACUCCGGUUCGAUAUUUGCGCGAUCUCGCAGACGAAUAUUUGAAGGGUUGAAAACUCCAGAUUUAUUACCAAGAUGGCAUUGUGAUAUGUCUGCACCAAACGACGAAGAUUGUAUAACGGACCUGCACGACACGAGUUCGCUCGCCAAGUCCCAAUCGCAAAACUAUAUCAGCCACCCCGCUACCCCUAUAAACUCGCGAGAUAGCAGACGUGACUCUUCACCAUUGGCCGAUUCUAAAUUGAAUCCAUCUGUCGAUUUUAAUUCCCAAGAUGGUUUCAAGGUGGCUGCAAAAAAGAAGAAGGGGGGAGCCAAAGCUAAUGUGCCUGUAGUCAGAACGAAAGAAGAUGAUGGAGAUGAUGGAGGGAAGAAGGAUGAGGGUGAAGGUAAUAAUGAUGACAAAGGUGAUGGCGCAGGCGGCGAUGCUGGAGCUAGUGGGAGUGGCUUUGGAAAUGGGGGAGACGACAAGAAAGAGGACGAGAAGAAAGAAGAGGAGAAGAAAGAGGAAGAGAUAAAGGAAGAAGAGAAGCUUAUUGAGCCCCCUGCCGAAGAUCUGGUGGACAACUUCACUGUAACGGUUAAGAAAGACAAGAAAAAAAAGGAGAGGGGAAAAACUACCGAACCAGAACCAGAACCGGAACCAGUCCCACCCCCGCCUCCUCCUGCGCCCGAGAUAAAGAUCGCCGAGACAUUCGAUGACAUUAAGCUGGACGAUGGACCGAAGCUAGACUUGAAUCCAGAUACUGGUGGCAGUACCGCAAGCCCGAAAUUACCCGGUGUUCUCGGUGGAUGGGGUAGUAGCUGGAUUACUGGGGCAGCAUCGAAAUGGGGUAUUGGGAGCACAACCAGCGCAAGGACACCAUCUCCAGUAAACAAAUCCACAGAGGAAGCCAAUAACCCUUGGAGUAAUGAUCGUGGUAAGCCCGAAUAUCAAAGCCCAGGAUUUGCAUUUGGUGCCCUUGACCAGGAUGAAACUAAACGCAGCAUAGCAAAAUCCCGGAAAGUGGAAACAAGGCCUGAACCGAAACCUGAACCCAAACCCGAACUAAUACCGGAACCGAAGCCUGAUCCAAUACCAGAAGAGGAUCUUGGAUUCAGCAUUGGUACUUCUAGAAAGGAAAAGAAGAAAAAGAAAGGCACUGUAGCGUCAGUGAUAGACAAGUUUGAAGUGGCCCCGAAAGAAGAACCCAAAGUAGAACCUCCAAAACCUAUUGAUAUACCUGCCUUGGACGACGCCUGGGGUGCUUGGGGCGCUACAAGCACAAAGAUGAAAGGUAAAGCAGCAAAUGAACCUCCAAAAGCCAAUGAACCCCCAAAAGUGGAAGCCGUAGUCGAGCCUGUUGUUGAAGAGAAACCACCUACUCCGUCUCCUCCUAUGCCUGCCCCCGUGGAAGAUAUCUUGAGCCUUGGUCCAUCCUCCAAAAAGAACAAAAAGAAGAAAGGAAAGCUUGCUGAACAAUCAAAACCAGAAGAGUCGCCGCCACCGCCACCGGACCCCGAACCCGAACCAGAACCAGAGCCAGAACCAGAACCAGAGCCAGAGCCAGAGCCAGAGCCAGAGCCCAAGUAUAUUACCGAACCGAAAAAAGAGGAAGAACCCCUUUCUGCUUGGGGUAGUACUAAACCGGGUAAGAAAAAGAGGGGCAGAAACACGAUCGUUGAGGUAAUGCCGAAAGUGGAAGAGCCACCACUUGUUGUGGAACCCGAUCCCGAACCUGUAAUUGAGAAAAAGAUCGAAGAAGGGGCCGGCUGGGGAUGGGGACUAUCUACAAAGGACAAGAAGAAGAAGAGGGGAGCUAUAGAAGAGCCACUGCCUCCCCCGGAACCUGAGAUAAAUCCCGAGCCGGAACCCGAACCCAUACCCGAAACCGAACCUGAGCCGGAACCCGAGCCACCGCAACCGGAGCCAAUCUUCAGAAAAGACAAGAAAAAGAAAGGUAGGAAUGCUGUGCUAGAUGCUAGAAUUGAGAAACCACCGACACCACCAUCUGGAUCUGCUGAACCAGAACCGGAAUUGAAAUUUGAGCCAGCAAAAGAUACCAAUACAUGGAGUCCAUGGGGACAUAGUAGUUCUACCAAGGAUAAGAAAAAUAAAGCCGAAGAUCAGCUUCUACCAACUGCUCCAGCGAUCAGUGGGUUUGACUGGGACUUUGAUGACAAGCUAAAAGAUGAGCCAGCUGAAGAAGAAUUCAAUAAUCCAGAACCGGAAUCGGAACCGGCCUCAAAGUCUGUAGAAUCUGUAGGUAUUUGGGGUGGUCUUACCUCUACCUCUAGCAAGAAGAAGGAUAAAAUUUCAAGCAAAGAGAAGGACAGAACCUCGAGUAAAGAGAAGGAUAAAGAUAAGAGGAAAAGCAAAAGGAGUGCUGAGGAGCCCAAAAUAAUCGACUACUUUGAUGAGCCUAUACCUGAGCCGGCCCCUGAUCCACCUCCAGCUGUCACGAACGAUUUCGACUGGGGCUUUUCUUCUACUGCCAAGAAAGAAAGAAAGAAAGGAAGUAAACACAAGGAAUCUACACCCGAGCCAGAGAGUAAGCCAAUGAUUGAAGCUAUAAAGCCUGGAUACAAUGAUGAUGCCUGGAUGAAUUGGGAACAAAACCCCAAGAAGAACAUAGAAGAGUCAUUACUUCCUGUCGAUGACUUCGAAGAGCCUAUGUCACCUCCACCAGUACCAGAUGCUCCACCUGCUGUCGACGAUUUUAUGGGUUGGGGUUCUUCGAAAGACAAGAAAAAGAAAAAGAGCUUUGUUGAAGAUCCUCCGAAGAUCGAGCCUGUUAAGGAACCCAAAUUUGAUGACUUUUUUACUCCGAUUUCUUCUAAGCCUGCUGUCAAACUCAACAGGAAAGAACAGAAAGAGGCUGACAAGGCUAGAAGGAAGGCUGAGAAAGAAGAAACCGAAAGAAAGCUGGCAGAAGAGGCACAAGAGACGGCUAGAUUGGAGGCCGAGGAACAAGAAAGACACGAAGCUGAGGAACAAGAAAGACACGAAGCUGAGGAACGAGAAAGACUUGAAGCCGAGGAACGAGAACGAUUGGAGGCCGAGGAAAAAGAGAGAUUGGAGGCCAAGGAACAAGAAAAGAUCGAAGCUGAAGAGAAGGCUAAGGCAGAAGCGGAAGCUGAAUCCGAAUCCGAACCAGAACCAGAGCCUCCUAGAAAUGACUGGAGCUCAAUAUGGGGUCUAGCUUCAGGCAGCAAACCAGACAAAAAGAGUGAGAAAAAGAGCAAGAAAAAGGCUAUCCUCGAAAUUGAAGCUCCACAUCCAGCUCCGACUCCUCAAGCAGACCCUCCAGCAGAGCCCGAAAUCGACAAUUCCUGGGGGUUUGGAUCUACCGCAAAGAAAUCAAAAUCUAAGGAGAAAGAAGCUCCUCCUGUCAAACUCAGCAGAAAGGAGCAAAAAGAGGCAGACAAAGCAGCCGAAAAGGCUAGGAAGAAGGCUGAAAAAGAAGAGGCUGAAGCGAAAGCUGCAGCAGAGGCAGAAAAGGCAGAAGAGGUAGCUAGAUUGGAAGCCGAAGAACAAGAAAGACUCGACGUUGAGGAGCAAGAACGAUUUGCAAUGGAGGAGCAAGAGCGAUUUGAAGCUGAGGAACAAGCAAGAGCCGAGGCCCAGGCUUUGGAGGCCGAAGAACAAGCUAGAAUCGAAGCUGAGGCUGCUGAAGCAGAAGCCAAAAGAUUAGCCAAGGAGGCCGAAGUAGCUAAAUCCAAAGUCAGAUUGACAAAGAAACAACAGAGAGAAGCCGAGCGAUUAGCGAAAAAGAAGGCCGAAGCAGAAGAAGCUGCUGCAAAGGAGGCAGCAGAAGAAGCUGCUAGGGAAGCCGAGGAGGAAGCUAUGAGAGAGGAAGAGGAGCGUGCAAUUAGAGAGGAAGAAGAAGCUGUCAGAGAAGAAGAAGAAGCUGUCAGAGAAGAAGAAGAAGCUGCAAGAGAGGAAGAGGAAGCUGCUAGAGAAGAAGAGGAAGCUGCCCGAGAAGAAGAGGAGCGUGCCAAUAUAGCAGUGAAACAGAAAGCUGCUAGAGAAGAAGCUGAAGCUGCCAAAAAGGCCAAAAAGGAAUCCAGAUCGAGCAAGAGUAAGAAGUCUAAAUACAACAAAGAACCGGAUCCUAUCCCUCCACCACCGCCACCUCCACCACCAGUACCGAUCAAGGCUCCAACUCCUGAACCAGACGAGGACCUAGAACCAACCCAGGAAGAAUUAGAUGAAAUUCUAGCUUUAGGUAAUCGCACAAAACCACCGUCACAAGCCUUUAGUUUUUGGGGAGCUCCUAAAAAAUCACCACCAGUAUCAGAGAAGCCAUUAUCAAACAAGGAUAGUGAAUUUGGUAAGACUAAUCUUACCGAGGCAUCCACUAAGAAUCUCAUGGCUUGGGGCACGGGACCAGACGAGAUUGCGAUUGCUGACAAAGCGACGCGUCCAGAAACCUCUUCUAAGAACCAGGACACGACAUCUAAAUGGCCACCGCCAUCAAUCAAAUCAAGUCUGUUAAAGAAACCGGUCGGAGGAACAGUAGCUGAUAGGUUAAGAGCAUUUGAAGCAAAUAAAGUCGCUGAGGAGCUUGAUGACCCUGAUGAGCCUGAUGAAGUAGAUGAAUAUUUCCCAGCACCUUCUCCACCUCCACCUGCGCCGCAUGCGCCGACUAGGGAGGAAAAGAGAAAAUCAAAAUCUUCAUCCAGAAGAGACAAGGAAAGGUUAGAAGAUUCAGGAGUCCUUCCUGGUGGAUUUCCGGAAUCUGCCUACGACGACGAGAUUAUUGAUAUUGUCGAGAUGCCAAUUCUAAAGAAGAACAAGAAUAAAUCUAGUAAGAGCAAGGAAUCUUCCAGAGCACCAUCUGUACCUAUUGAACCACCCACGCCACCUCCUGAAGUAGAACCGGAACUGGAUUUAGAUUCGGAUCACAAAUCAUCCAAGAAGGAACGUCCUCGAGUUGUCCGCGAUGGGUCUUCUUGGGGAGCCUGGGGAGCAGAGCCUCGUAAGGAAGAAAGGGAUAGAAGAUCACCCAGGGACCAUGGGCAUACAUUUGAUGAACCUCAAGUCACAAAAGAUGAGAGGAGAUCCACCAGAGAUGCCGACCCCAGACAUUCUAAGUCUAGAAGAUCAUCUACUAGAGAAGAGAGAACUUCUUCGAAAGACUCAUCUUCAGACAAAGCAGAGAAGUCAUCAAAAGGAGAGAAUAGACCACCGGUUUCUAGAGGAAUAUCAAACAUGUUUGGGCCUGCUACACCACUAUCGAGGUCUAAUUCAAAGUCUGAAAAGCGACCGAGUGUGAGCAGAACGAGCUCACGCCGACAAUCUGUUAACAUGGACAGUCCCUACCCAACUCCGAUGCCUGAUGAUGCUCGUGAACCUCCCCCAAUGUCCGCAAAAGCUGCAAAGAUGUUUGGUAUUGGUAUGCCUGGCAAGCUUUCAAGAAGCAAAUCCGAAAAGACCAGACCAUCACGUGAUGAUGACGUGGAUGAUGACGUGGCAGAUCCUACCCGUCACAGAUCCAGUCGUGAUAGAAAAGGCAAGUCAAAGGUGAUCGACGAUUCAAUGUUUAACAUGCAGGCGCCACCACCUGUACCCAUGCCUCCGCCGCCGAUGGAUAUGCCACUUCGAAGGAAGACCACGCCUACCACAGACUGGAGUGCUAAUGCCAGGGCGUACCAACAAAGGCGACAAGAAGAUGACAUUGUUGUGGUAGAACCAGGAGGUCCAUCGGAAAACUUGGGUGCACCUGAAGUUAAACGAAGCGAUCCAAGCGCUCGCAAAUCUGGUUUGGGUGGCAUGUUUGGAGGGGUUUUUGGGAAAAAGGACAAAGAAAAAGAUCGGCCAGACCUCAAACGUCGAAGCACAGCCCCAGCUGAAGAGGAGAGCCGUGGAUAUAGACGUGAUGACCGAAAACCCCGACGAUCUUCUAGAGAUGUAGACCCCGAAAUAGAUGUCACCAUGACAGGCGGCGCUGCUGAAGAAGACCAGGAGGCAAGAAGAGCAGCUCGACGCGCACGAAGGGCUGAACGCGAGGCAGGUCACCGAGGCGCGGAAGAUACACGAGCAGUGAAGGAGGAGUCAAGAAGGGAGCGUCAGAGAAGAGAGGAAGAAGACGAACGUGAAGCACGAAGGGUCGCUAAGAGAGAGAAAAGACGUGCUGCUGAGGCCGCUGAACGACGAGUCGAAGAGGAAAAAAAGGCAAAGGAGGCUGAACGUACCGAACGCCGGAGAGCUAGGAAAGAGAGAGAGGCUGUGCAGACAGAUGGCGAGCCACGCGGUGAAGACCCAUCGCGUUCUAAACGCAGACGGAGUCACAGAGAUGGCGACGACGAUGAAGCUCGUCGACGAAGACGUGAAGAUCGGGUAAAAUCAUCAGAUCCUCGCAAAUCAAGUCGCAAAUCUGCACCUGUCCCUCAGCCAGAAUUCCUUCCAGCUGAUGGCCCCGUCUAUAGCCGUUCAAAGCCCAAGAAUACUCCAGCUUGGCCUCAUAGUGGUACGGACUCUUGGGUGAGAGAAAACUCGGAUGCACCACCACCACCCAAUUUUCCUACAGGAGAAGCAUCCCCUAUUGAAGAUACGAUCGGUGGAGAAGCUGAGAGAAAAAGAAUGAGAAAAACAAGACCAUUGGGGAAUGAUGAUGAUAAGCGACGAAGAAGGGAUGAAAGAAGACGUGAAAAAGAGACAGAAAAGCCCGCAAGGAGCUCGGAAGGCAGUCAAGAGGACCCUCUACGAGAAAGUCCGAGAGAAUCCGGUUUCGAGACGUCUCGAGCGCCAAGUGCUACUGGUGGUCUCUUUGGUCGUUGGAAGAAAUACGGGGGGUUCUAA